AUGGCCUCGUCGUCGUCUCCGGCAAGUAGCCACCCACCUGGCCCAUUUUCUCUAGGGUUGGAGUCCUCAGCAAACAAGAUUGGCAUCAGCAUCGUCUCCAUCUCCGGGCAAAUCCUCUCCAACCCGCGCCAUACAUACAUCACCCCACCAAGCCACGGUUUCCUGCCCCGGGAGACCGUGCAGCACCACCUCGUCCACCUACUCCCUCUACUCCGCGUAGCACUCGCCGAGGCCGAUGCCUCUCCUGUCGACCUCGCCUGCAUUUGCUACACCAUGGGCCCCGGCAUGGGCGGGCCUCUCCAGGUCGCCGCCGCAUCGGCCCGGGCUCUGUCGCUCCUAUGGGGGAAAGCGCUUGUCGCUGUCAAUCACUGUGUUGCGCACAUUGAAAUGGGCCGCGCGAUCACCAGCGCCGUGGACCCUGUUGUGCUCUACGUCUCAGGUGGCAACACGCGGGUCAUCGCGUAUAGCGAAGGGAAGUACAGGAUCAUCGGUGAGACCAUUGAUAUUGCCGUCGGGAACUGCCUCGACCGCUUUGCGCGGAUCCUCGAGCUCUCGAAUGACCCCAGCCCUGGGUAUAACAUCGAGCAGCUUGCAAAGAAGGGAGAGAAGUUCAUCGACCUCCCUUAUGUUGUAAAGGGUAUGGAUGUGUCAUUUAGUGGCAUAUUGAGCUUCAUCGAAGCUGCAGCGAUUGAAAAGCUUGAAAAUAACGAGUGCACACCAGCAGACCUGUGCUACUCAUUGCAGGAAACUCUCUUUGCUAUGCUUGUUGAAAUCACUGAACGUGCCAUGGCACAUUGUGAUUCGAAGGAUGUUCUUAUUGUUGGUGGUGUUGGAUGCAAUGAACGUUUGCAAGAGAUGAUGAGGAUUAUGUGCUCAGAGAGAGGGGGUAGGCUGUUUGCAACUGAUGAUCGAUAUUGUAUAGACAAUGGUGCGAUGAUUGCAUACACUGGUUUACUGGCAUAUGCACAUGGUGUGACCACACCCCUGGAGGACUCCACAUUUACUCAAAGGUUCCGAACUGAUGAAGUUCAUGCAAUUUGGAGGGAGAAGGAGGUUCCAGUAUUAAAUAACACAGAUUCUGAUGCAGCGGCUGAAGUAUCCAUAGAUGGAACCUCUGGGCCGACUCCAAUUGCUGUAGAUUCCUGAGGUGCUGGUGCCUUUUGUUGAUUAUUUCGGAAAGAUUAUGUUGCUGCAGAUAUGAGGCUUUGCUUGAUGAUUUGUAGAAAGCCUGGAAGGCUAAUGGCAGAGUGCCUCGUACAUUUUGUUCGUCAUGACUGACUGGAAUAUCUCACCAGUUGCAAGUGAUCUGCAAAAAGACAUUGCUAACUCCUCUCCCUGUUCCAAAUUAUUUGAAGGUCUAGGUUUGUCCCAAGUUAAAACCUUGUUAAGCUUGACCAAGUCUAUAGAAAAAUGAACCAACAUCUACAACACAAAUUAGCUUCAUUAGAUUCAUCAUAAAAUAUAUUUUCAUACUAUACAUAUUUGAUGUUGUAGAUAUUAGUAAUUUUUUCUAUGAACUUUAUCAAACUUGUAAGAGUUUGACUUAGGCAAAGCUAGAACUUUUGAGUAAUUUGGGACAGAUGGAGUAUCUCGUAAUAUGGAUCUGUUGAUUGACGCUACCCUUCCGCUCCUAUGUGUGUGAUACUAGUAUUUGAUGAAAAAGUUAACUUAAAAGUUGAGAAAGUAUGUUGGUAGCACUAUUCCCAUUUUGAAAGCUGUACCUUGCCCUGCUAUGUGUGUGACACUAGUCUUUGAUGUAGAAGUAAACUUAAAAUUGAAAAAUCAUGUUGGUAGCACUGUUCCCAUUUUGAAAAUUGCAGUUUUGUUUUACCGAUUGUUUACAAGGAGCAGCAGUAUUAUUCCUUCAAA